CGCGAUGGGGCUAACCCUGGGAUCUUUCUGGACACUCCCCCCUCCCAACAAUGCAACUCCUCUAGCUGAGGCUGCGAGAUCCUCGGAGGAGCUGAGAGUUGCGUCAGAAACUGAUGUAAUCGGAAACGGCUUCUUUCAGAGACGGGGCAGUUUCAGGCGCAACAGCCGUGCGCGCGUGUGUGUGUGUAUAUAUAUAUGUGUGUGUUUCUUGGUACGAUUUCAGAGUACGAAGACAUAUAUAUAUAUAUUUAUAUACAGAUAUAUACAUAUAUAUACACACACACACGCUCCCAAGCUCCCCGCGCCGCCGCCGUUCCGGAACGGGACCCCGCUCGUGUGGACUUUCCGAGGCAGACAGCAGCAAACUUUUCGCAAAAGUUUUCCCUCAGACUUUUUCUUUCUCGGGAAUCGCGACCACGUGUCAAGUCCGACGGCAGAAGGAUCGCGGCGGGGUUCAGGCUCAACCCCCCCCCUCCCCCUCACCUGUCCCACCGGGCAGGAGCCUACGGAGUGGCCCAGGGUGUUCCUGAAUUCCUGUUGUCCCUGAGCAAGACGUCAGCAGUGGAUUCUGCUGGAAAAGACGCACGUAAGGCAGCAGAAUGGAGAUGGAACGGUUAUCGUGGGAGGACGUGGAUGCGCCGGAGAACCUGGACAAUGAAAGUGUGGUGACCAAUGAAAAACUGAUAUAUGCAGAGAGUUACGAGCCAUCUGAAUCUACGGCAACAGAAUGCCAGGAGUUCUUGCCUCACUCCUCUGGGAAAAAGCCGAUCGAGUUUACGGAUCAGUUCGAAGGGAAGACCUCGUUCGGGAUGUCCGUCUUCAACCUCAGCAACGCCAUCAUGGGCAGCGGGGUCCUGGGCCUGGCCUAUGCCAUGUCCAACACUGGCAUUGUGCUCUUUGUGACCCUCCUGAUCUGCAUCGCCCUGCUGUCGGCCUACUCCAUUCACCUGCUGCUCAAAUCUGCCGGCUUUGUUGGGAUCCGAGCCUACGAGCAAUUGGGCCUGAAAGCCUUCGGUCAGCCAGGGAAAGUGACGGCAGCCGUGGUCAUCUCCUUGCACAACAUCGGAGCCAUGUCCAGUUACCUCUACAUUGUGAAGUCUGAGCUUCCGCUGGUCAUCCAGGCCUUUCUCCGGCUGCAGGAGAACAAUGGUAUGUGGUACCUCGAUGGGAGAAUACUGAUCAUCAUCGUCAGCUUGCUAGUCAUUCUCCCCCUGGCGCUGAUGAGACAGCUCGGUUACCUGGGGUACACCAGUGGCUUCUCAUUGACGUGUAUGGUUUUCUUCCUAAUUGCGAUUAUCUAUAAGAAGUUUCAGAUACUGUGUCCCCUUCCGGUGUUUGGAAACGAGACCCAUGUCAGCACAGAAACUGUUUACCUCAAUGGGAGGAACUACACAACAGAAGACGAAUGUACAGCAAAGCUCUUCACCAUUAACACACAGACGGCGUACACAAUUCCCAUCCUGGCCUUUGCUUUCGUCUGUCACCCAGAAGUCCUGCCGAUCUACACUGAGCUCAGAAGCCCGUCAAAGGUCCGAAUGCAGAAGGUGGCAAACUUCUCCAUUUUGGCGAUGUUUAUCAUGUAUUUAGCUACAGCCGUCUUCGGCUACCUGACAUUCUAUGGGUCAGUGGAAUCUGAACUGCUUCAUACGUACAACAAGGUCGACCCACUGGACACGCUGAUCCUUUGUGUCCGUCUGGCCGUGCUGGUGGCCGUGACCCUGACCGUUCCUGUGGUCCUCUUCCCGAUCCGUCGGGCUAUUCAGCAGCUCCUGUUUCCCGGGAAGGCCUUCCGAUGGCUUCGACACACCAUCAUAGCGAUCUGCCUGCUGAUCUCCGUCAACAUCCUGGUCAUCUUCGUUCCCAACAUCCGGGAUAUAUUUGGAAUUAUUGGUGCCACCACUGCUCCGAGCCUCAUCUUCAUCCUGCCCGGACUCUUCUACAUCCGGAUCGUCCCCAAUGACAAGGAGGCCUUGAAGUCCCGGUCCAAGAUCCAGGCUCUCUGUUUCGCAACCGUGGGUUUCAUCUUCAUGAUCAUGAGUUUGAGCUUCAUCAUCGUGGACUGGACGACUGGCAGCGGGGGAGCGGCACGGGGGGGCCACUAAUUGGUACCCCCACUCUUGCCUUUCUCCUCGAGUGUCCCGGGGCACCAAGUGUUUUACCGCAGUGUCUGCACCACUCCUCACUCAUCCCGCUCUCCUGCACUCUAUGCUCUAUCCCAAGCUGUCCAGGAUCCCUCUCCCUCUUGAUCUCCCCCCUCCAUCUUUGGGAGAUGGGUGUUGCUUUUGGCAGAGGGGGAGGUCAGUAAGUUGAUGUACUGAACUCUAAUAUUUAUUUGGCAAUGCAAGGACCUCUAACCCGAAUGUUGCAUCCCCCCACCCCUUUUCCUGCCGGACCAGCAACCACCCCCACCAUUCCCAAGGGUUUGUGAGGACCGUCUGGAAGGAGGAGGGCUGGGCGCUGGUACUUCAAUGCUCCUGCUCGGGAGGGUCCUGGGAGAUUUCUGCCUGGAUUUGGUGGUGGGUGUGGGGGAAGGGAGUGUUCCUGAGGAGGUGCGUCAGCCCUUUCUCUGGUUGGUGUGUGUGUGUGUGUGUGGUUUGUAUGUGUCUGUGUGCCGGUUUCUAUGCCUGUACCAUCGUGUGCAGGUUAGUACACCUGUACUGCUGUGUGCCCGGGACCCCUCUCUGGGGACAGACUGGGGCAGUCGCCUACACAGCCAGAGAAUGACCACAGCUACGGGGUGGGAGCGAUAGGCUGAUGAGGGUGUGGAGGAGUAGAUUCUGUUGUACCUCCUGAGGAUGCUUGAUGCCUGACACCAGACCGCCCAAGGCCAGGGUGUGUGCUCGGAAACGGAAGGGAAAGGAGAUUUAAUCAAGGCAAUGAGGGACAGAGACCACGGGCCCAAUUCCCUUCACCAUUCACUAGUCAAUAGGAGAACUCAUACCUGGGCUGCUAGGUCUCGGCCUGAAAUAUUUUCUGCCCAUUUCCAUAAGACCAUAGACAUCUCCCCAUUGGUUCUUCUCACUCAAAAUACUGGCGUUGACGUUUCGGGCUGAGAUCCUUCAUCGGGACUGGAGAGGAAGGGGAUCAGAAUCCAGAAUAAAGUGGUGGGGGGGAAGUUCUGCUCCCUUCCUUUCAGACAAUGGUACACAGAAAAGUUAUUACAUAAGGCAGUGCAGAAAUAAGGUAUUUCACAGUAUAGAUCUGGGAAUUGGAGAUGUACAGUACUGUCCAAAAGUCUUAGGCACCUGACCUCAACUUCGUCGAGGAUGUCUGGCAUUACCUGGGGAGGCAGAAGCAAGUGAGACAACCAAAGUCUGCAGAAGAACUACCACCCAAUUUUCUUAUAAAACCUAAGAGAAUUGAUGCCAUUUUAAAGGCAAAGGGUGGUCACACCAAAUAUUGAUUUGAUUUUGUUUUCUUUUUACUGUUACUGCUCUUUAUAGUAACUUAUAAGAAACUUUUCAUUAUUUUUGAAAGUGGUUUUGCUUUACAGAAUUCGUUUACAUGUUCCUAAGACUUUUGUAGAUUAGUGUAAAGCAGUGAUCGUAAAUAGUUUAAUCUGUAAAUAGGUUGAGUGUGCCAAAUACACUGCCCUGGUUGGCAACUCUGGGAACAUUGGUGAUUGCGAGAUCCUCUGAUGCCCUCUCCCCCUGAUAUGCUGCUGGCUGUGAGCCGGAUUGCGUUGGAUGUCUUCGUGCCUGGUUGUCAAGGGAGGGGUGUGUGUGUGAUGUGUGUGUGAUGUGUGUGUGUGUGUGUGUGUGUGUGUGUUUGGCUGAGGUCAGGAAAUCAUUUAUUUUUGUUAUUUGUUUGGAGUAUGUAGACUAUCCCGAGGGAAUCAGAUUAUCACUGACAAAACGAUGUGAAAUAAAUUGCUUUGUGAUACAUUAAAAAUUGACUUUUAAGUCACAAUAAAAAGAUUGUGCAGGAGUGCAAUAGUGAGGUAGUGUUCAUGAGUUCAGAAAUCUGAUGGAGGAAGAGAAGAAGCUGUUCUUAACACAUUGAGUGUGGGACUUCAGGCGCCUGUACCUCCUGCCCGAUGGCAGCAAUGGUAAGAGGGCAUGUCCUGGAUGCUUAGUGUAAUGGGGAUAAUGUGGAAUGCUGGCUUGUGUGGAAUUUCGGAAAUAAAAAUAGACAAGCCACUACAUGACAUUUAGUGUGUAAUGGAGUAAGGGUUGAUCAAUCAUCUGUGAGCUAAAGAGAGGUGGGGGAAGAGUGAUCAUAAUAAAUUUUCUGAAAUUUUAGAAUUUUAUGAGGUCCGAAAUGGAUUCAGUCUAAAACCAGAGUGUUAAAGCAAAUGGGGAGAAAUGAAUUUCAAAGAUUCGCCAAUCAAAAGGCAAUGGUUAAAUGUUGAAGAAUUAAUACGUCGUAUCAGCCUCCCGGCACGGAAACAGAACAUUUAGCCCAUUGUGCCCCUGGUGGCAGUUUUGCCCAUCUAUAGAAAGCCUGCCCCUCAGAUCCUUGUCAAAACCCUUUUCUCACGUCCAGCCCGAGUUCUUAUCAUUGAACGUCGUUUGGUAUUGGAGCAUGAAACCUCACAGCACAGGGCAAGGCCGCCUGGCCCACCAUACUGUGACGAGCUAGUUAAUCUAAUUGCUUUUCCCCACACAUGGGCCAUAUCCCUCCCCUCUCUGUUGAAUCGCUUUUCCCCACACAUGGGCCAUAUCCCUCCCCUUUCUGUUGAUUCACCUGUCCGUCUAAACACCUCUUUCUCUAAAAUUACUCGCCCCGCACAUCUCCUUUCUCACCUUACCGGCGUGCACCCUAAUCCUAGAUAUUUUGAGCCUGGGGAAAAAGAUAUCAGAUGCCUAUUCUGUCUAUGCCUCACAUAAUUUUAUAAACCUCUAUUGAAAUCUACCCUUGGCCUCUGCUGCUCUGAGAAAACAGCCUACAACCCCUCCACAGCUAGUCCACCCUCUCCUCAUGGUGCAUGCCCUUCAACAUGUAAUAUAUCGUUCACUUGUAUGAUGUGGGCGAUUGCCGAUUUCGGUGACCAUGAUUGUCCUUGGCAGAAUUUUUCUCCGGAACUGGUUUGCCAUUGCCUUCUGGGCCGUGUCUUUACCAGACGGGUGAGCCCCCAGCCAUUAUCAAUACUCUUCAGCCAUUGUCUGCCUGGCGUCAGUGGUCGCGUAACCAGGACUUGUGAUGUGGACCGGCUGCUCGUACGACCAUCUACUGUUGUGUAGUGUACUGAGGGAACUCCAGCAUAGCAGCAUGCAGGCUAUUCAACUGAACUUUAUUGAUCCUCCAGUGGCUUAGGAUUAACCCAUUAACCACCACAACACCCACCACCUACUCCCAUGGCUUCAUGUGACCCCGAUUGGGGGGCUAAGCAGGCGCUACACCUCGCUCAAGGGUGACUUGCAGGCUAACGGAGGGAAGGAGUGCCUUACACCUCCUUUGGUAGAGACGUACCUCCACCCCACCACCCCAAAGUAAUAUACACCCUUAGUUAAAAAAAUACCAAGACAUUUUCUGGUGUGACUAUUCAGAAAAUUAUAGUAGUUUUGGCUAUGGAGAAAAUUACGUAGUAUUUAAUUGUAAGAAAAGAUGUUAUAUAAUUUCGGGAAAAGAUCAGAAUUGAUAUGACCAAGAAGGGAAGGGGAGGUAGAAUUUAGGAAUCGGUGAGAAACUUAUGGAAAUUUUAAAGGAUUAGCUAAAGUUUCAGACUGAGAACAAGCUGGAUUAUAUUGGGUUGGGGGGUGGGGUGGGGAAAGCAUUUUGUGUCUGUGCAGAAAGUUUUGUCUGAGUAUCACUUCACAGGGUCCCAGUUGAGAGUUGUGGAGGGCUGCAGGGUGACGGUGUACUGGGUAAAAUCCUGAUGAAGGGUCUUGUCCCCAAACGUCGACUGUUUAUUGUUUACUCAGCUCCAUAGACGCUGCCUGGCCUGCUGACAUCCUGCAACACUUUGUUCCCCUUUACACUUGUGUACCAGACAUCACAUUGAACAAUCUUAAGUCUUGUACUGGGUAAAAUACUGGGGCUGAAAGGCAAUUAACUGUCAGGCCGUGGGUCCUGGGGAGGUGGUGAAGGAAUCAUCCUCUUCCAGAUUCUGGAAGGUGAAUUUAGAAAGAGAGAGAAGGAAGCUGGGAACAGUGGGUCAGCUGUGCUGAAAUCAGUCGCAUGGCAAUUUAUUCUUGAGGAAGGAGAUCCUGUUUGGCAACCCUGUCCUCGGGCUGUAAAAACAGAACCACUCGAGUGCAAGUUUGCCGUCACAGUCCCGCAUUCUCGGGGUUUAAAUGUCACGGAGCAUUAGCUUGUUGCAAUAGCAGCACAGUGCAUAAAUUAACCCAAAUUUAAUUGUAGAUUAACUGAACAUAAACUUCACAGCUCAGUCGCCAUUUUAUUAGGCUACUUCCUGCACUGCAUAAAGUGAGUGUAUGUUCAUGGUCUUCUGCUGCUGGAGCCAAUCCACUUCAAGGUUCGAGGUGUGCGUUCAGAGGUGCUUUCCUGCUCACUGCUGUUGUAAUAGGUGGGUUUUUUCAGGUACUGUCACCUUCCAGCAGUCUGGCCAUUCUCCACUGAGCUCUCUCAUUAACAAGAUGUUUUCACCCAGAGAACUGCUGCUCACUGGGUAUCUUUUUGGUUUUCACACUAUUCCCUGUAAAUUGUUAUGCAUGAAAAUCCCAAGAGAUCAGCAGUUUCUGAGAUACUCAAACCACCCUGGUCCGGCACCAACAAUCAUUCCACGGUUAAAAUCACUUAGAUCACAAUUCUUCCCCCAUUCUGAGGUUCGUUCCCAACUGAACCUCGUGAUCACGUUGGCAUGCUUUGAUGCAUUGAGUUGCUGCCAUGUGAUUGGCUGAUUAGAUAUUUGCGUUAACGAACGGGUGUACCUAAUAAAGUGGCCACUGAGUAAACAUUUAAAUAUAUUUUUCCCCCACUAGUAAGGGGACUAAUGAUCUGAAAGGCCAUGUCUGCAGGUGAUGAGAAACUGGGUUUGCAAAUCGGGAAAAUAGAUCAGAUGGAAAGUCUGAUGGAGCAGUAGUGACUGUAAUUUAAUCCCUAUAACUGAGGGGAAUCAGGAUUGUUUAUUAUCACUGGCGUACAGUACUGCGCAAAAACCUUAGGCACAUAUAUAGCUAGGGUGCACAGUACUGUAUUUGUCAAUGUGGAGAGCUAGUUUGUAAACCUGGAGGGAGCAAUGGCAAGGGAGGUGGCUGCGAAGGAGUGCCAGGGCCAGAGUAACGUGGGUACAGACAAACCCAGCCCUGAGACACCAGGCAAGUUCAUUUAAUUCCUAACAAUUGGUUUAUUGAUCUUUGCAGAAUGUCUCUCUGGUAUUUCCCCUUCCCACUCUCAUUCCACCCUAGCUGUAUGUAUAUAUACACACCUAAGGCUUUUGCACAGUGCUGAAUGUAUGUACUUUGAGAAGGCAAGCAAUGGGACACGACAAGCCGUCAAUAGUGUAGCAGCGAGUGCAAUGCUUUAGAGCAAUCUGCAACCUGGGUUCCAUUCUCUCUGCCGCCAAGUUUGAGCGCUCUCCCUGUGACUGUGUGGGUUUCCUCCCACAGUCCAAAGACUUGCGCAUUAGGGUUAAUGAAGCUGUGGGCGUGCUAUGUUGGUGCCAGAAAGGCCUCGUUUGCAGGCUUCCCCUCACUACCCCCAGCACAAUCCUCGGUCUGUGUUGGUCAUUGAUGUAAAUGAGGCCUUUCUCAGUUUGUGCCAUCUAAAGGUGGCCUUCCAUAACACACACAGAAUGGAGGAUCAUAGGUUCUUGAUUGGUGGGUGUGUCAAAGGUCAGGAGAAUGGGGUUGAAAGGGAUAAUAAAUCAGCCAUGAUGGAAUGGCAGAGCAGAUGUGAUUGGCCAAUGGCCUAAUUCUGUCCCUAUGUCUUAAGGUUAUGGUAACAUGCUAAAAACAUACAGAAAAUGCUGGAGGAAAUCAUAAAUGAGUAAACAGUCGACAUUUCGGGCUGAGACACUUCUUCAGGACUGAGAAGGAAGGGGGAGGUCACCAGAAUAAAAAGGGGGGAAUGGAAGGAGGGAAGGUAAAGAGCCCAAAGAAGGAAUCUGACAGGAGAGGAGAGUGGACACCGGGGGGGGGGGGGGGGGGGAGUUUUUAAUCACUUUUAAUCUAAUCUUUCUCAGGGAGGGGGCACUAAAAAUCAGAUGGCGUAGGUUUAAGGUGAGGUAAGAGAUUUAAAAGGGACAUCAGGGGCAGCUUCUUCAUGCAACCAGUGGUGCCUAUUUGAAAUGAACUGCCUGAAAUAGUGGCCAAGCCGGGCACGUUGGCAACAUUUGAAAGCUGUCUCAACAAGAGAGUGGAUAAGCGAGGUUUAGAGGGCAGUUGGCCAAACACGGGCAGAUGGGACUAGUUCACAAGGCAACAUGACUGUCAUGAAUGAGUUGGGCCAAAGGGCCUCUUUCUGUGCUGUCUGCCUCUAUUACACACAGCAGAAGUAACCACAACAGACCUCAGUCACAAGAGAUUGUGCAGGUGUUGGGAAUCUUGAGCAAUGCACACAAAAUGCUGGAGGAACUCGGCAUCUAUGGAGGGGAAUGAGCAGUCAGUUUUUUGACCCAAGACCCUUCAUCUCUUCAUAGGUGCUGCCCCACCUGCAAUUUGUGUGCCUUGCCGAAUUGCCCCAGGUUGAUUGCUGUUUCUAGGAUGCUUCAAAAGGAUUCGGAAUAAAGCAUGCUUUAAACCAAGGGCAGAGGAUGAAGGAAGGAAAUCUGUCUUUACCCUCGCCAUUGGAUCUAUUUGUCAAUUUGAAUUGAUCUCCGCGGUCACUAUUGUGAGGUUGGAAUUACUCUGCCAGGUGUUUGAGCAUCUGGAGUAGAAGCCCAACCAUUACACUGCAGUUGUGCAGGUCGACUGGUGAAGAAUUUGUAAUUGAGGGAACGAGUCUCACUACCUGUGACCAGUCACUCCACCAGGAUGUUAAACUGUUAAAACCCUAAGCCCCAUUCUUUGGUACUGAACAGUGCGGAUGUAGAGUGGUACUACCUUAGACAGGAGCCUGGCCCAGCACGUGUUUGUGUGUGUGUGUGUAUGUGGUGCAUGUAUGAACAUGUGUAUGCGUGAGCAUGUAUGUGUGUGUAUACGUGUCCUGUUUGUAUUUCCCUGAGUGUGAUGGUCUGUUUCUGUGUGUGCAUUUGGGUAUGUGUGUGGGCAUCUGCCUGUUUCUGUCUGUCUUUCUGGGUGUGUGUUUCUGAGUGUCUCUCUCUUUCUGGGUGUUUCUUUCUGAAUGUGCAUCUGUUUCUGUAUGUGUGUCCUUCUCUUUCCGUUUGUGUGACUGCUUCUCUUGCUCUCAGACUGAAACACUGUGUGAAAUCGAGAGGAAACCCCCUCCCCCAUGCUCUGCUAUACUGACGCUGUGUGGCUUCUUUGACCUUGGUUCACCUGGGUGCCUGGCUUGCGUUCCGUGUUUACCCGGCUACUUAACCCAAUAAACUAUGCCUUGUCUGUCCCUCCUGCAACCCCUCCCAGCCCUCCCUCCCUCUCCUGCGGGGAAAAAAGCAAAAACUGAUAGCAGAAAAGACUUCUCGGUAAUUUUAUUUUUAGAAAUAUCUGAAAAGCCAAGUAAAUAUUUAAGGAAAGUUGGUAUUGUAGCUUUAGCAAUUGCUGUAACUUUUUUUGGAGCUGCUUUACUCUGUAUUUUUUGUUCAAUUGCGAGGAAGACUCUGCAGUUGUUUAGCUAAACCAUUACUUGCAGUGGGGUUGGGGUGGAAAAGGUUUCAGCCCUUAGAUAUAUGAAUGAAUUUUAUGCUGUACAGAACAGCGUUUAGAGGGAGGAAAAUGAAGCUUAUUGAAAAUCCUCUGUACAUUGUUAAUUAACACUGAUGUGCCCCGGAAUAGAAUGAUGGAUUUGAAUUCAAA